AUGCCACCCGCAGCUCCACCACUUCCAUCGCGGUUCCCAUGUUGGUGUAGAGCUGUAUACUCAUGGGGAGGAGAGUCAAAGCGAGAUCUGGGAUUCAUUGAAGGGGAUUUGAUAGAAUGUCUCAAUGCUGGCGAUGGCUCGUGGUGGGUGGGCAGAUUGUACCGAGAUCGACGAACUGUGGGAUCGUUUCCUUCCAACUUUGUUGAACUUCUUCCUUCUCAAUUCCGCCCGACGACCAAAUCUGUUCCUACUCCGGCAUCAAACAACCCAUCCAGUGCGCCGUCAAAAUCAAGAACGUUCCGAAAGCCUUUUGAAGCAUACGCCAAGGCUCCUCAUUACACCAGCGCCAAACAGCCCGAGGUCUUCAAGGAGACACCAAAGCCCAAGGAACGACAAAACUCAGGUGCCUCAUUCGCCCCUAGUACUCAUGAAAACGAACGAGGUCCAUCACCUGUACCUCCGAGACACGACCACCGAGCUCCUUCACCAGCGCCCUCUCAUAACUAUGGCUCACGAGCUCCCUCUCCGGCACCACCCAUGCAAGGCUAUCAUUCGAGGGCACCCUCGCCAGCACCACUCAUGCACAAUUAUCAAUCGAGAGCCCCUUCACCAGCACCACCCAUGCACAGCUACCAGUCGAGAGGCCCUUCACCGGCACCACCUCAUAGCUAUGGCGCAAGAGGGUCUUCUCCUGCCCCUCCGAUGCACCAUGCUCAAGGUUACGGCGGGAGGGGUCCAUCACCUGCCCCUUCGUUCAACCGUGCAAUGGUGCCCUACCGAGGAGGACAACAGAGAGGUGACUCUCCACCGCCCCCACCCCCACCUCCUCACAGACAAAUAGCGAGAGGGUCAAUCGAUUUACAUAGGAGCUCUUUUGACAUCUCCCGCCAUGGAUCCAAUGCCUCGUUCAAUCCUCUGUCUCCCUCGAGACAAAAUUCCGGCAACUCCUACCGGCCGUCACAACCACCCAACCCCCCUCAAGCACAUGUCAGGCAUGGGUCCUUCGAUGACAGAUCUUAUACACCAUACACACCGGGCAAAUCCACUCCUGUUCCACCAUCUCCUGCAGGAGGUAUGACGCCCUCACCCUUGAGAGAAGCAAUGGAUGGUGUUAUGGAACAAUUAGACGUUCUGGGUGGCGGUCUAAAUCGAGCAACUCAUGCUCCUUCACCUGCACCGCCUGCCGACCCCUGGUCACCGGAAUCUUUUGAUAUGUUAUCUCAUGGAUCUAAUAGGAGGAUCCCAGAUCGAAGCAGGCCCAAAAGCUCAAUGGGAAUUGCACCAAAGGAUGAAGGCUACGAGACGUGGAGCGGCGAGUCUUCCCAAGAGGUGUCUUAUCAGAAUGGUGGACGAGACGAUAAACUUAGCAGUUAUGUUGACCGCAUGGAGAAGCGUUUCCAGCAAAUGCACCGACACAACUCGAGAUCCGGCGAGCAAGAUGAUGACCAACCCCCUCCUCCGCCUCCUAAGAAUAUGCCAUACGAGAGGCCGAAGUCAUCCAUGAGUCGUUCUGCUGAGCCUGAACGUAAGCUGCGAGCUCGCAAAUCAGCCUAUGAGAUUGGACGAGGAGUUGCGCGUACCCUCACAACGAAAACCACCUCUACCAAUUCAUCGUCGGGCAAAGAGAGCAAUAUCAGCGCAUCAACUCAAAGUACAUCCAGAACGUUGUGGAGUGGAACUUCAGCAGGUGCUUUCAGUACUACUAGUGCUGGAAGUCUUGCUCGCCUGGGCAAUCGGGGCCGUGCUCAAAGUGCUAUUGGUGCUAGGGACCUAGAGAUUGACAGACCAGAUUCGCCUUUCACAGGAGUCACCUAUCACAGCAGCCAUGCGAGUGACUCUCCCGCUCAGCAACAGCGGCCACAAACACAAGUCGGCUUCCACGAAGACCCGUCCUUGGAAUUAGGAGGCUUGGUGCAACCAAAACCCCCAAAGCGAAACAUAUUCCGUAAGAUUUUCGAUACUGCUAAGACGGGUGUGGCAAGUAGUCGAGGCGGGGUUGUGGGUGGAGGCAUGGACUCUCCCAAGUCGCCUUUUGCUCGUUCCAUGCCCCCUGGAGCGUCGCCCUUAUCUGGUAUGGGCAGUACGCCUUCCGGCAGAGACACUGCUACAGAAAUGGGCCUUGGUGCUGGUGUGGAUUGGGUUCAAGUUCGCCGUGACGUGAAUCGUUCCAACUCGCUCAGUUCAAUAGAAUUGACUGAGCGUCGUGAGCGAUGUCAGAUGAUGGACCAUCCCGCCCUGAACCCUGUCGAUGAGCUUUAUGACGGCGUCGAAGGAGAUGAAGGCGCUGACGGAGAGCCGGUCCCCGAACCCGUCGACUAUCAAGCGAUCAACUUAUCUCAAGUGGACAAGAAUUCACGUUUCAUUAGUGGCCUCCCUCCUGCCAUAACCGCCAUUCAGCUCGCCACCACAUACGUGUGCCGGCCGUAUAGAAGUGACGUUCAGCGGCUGCGAGCUAUCUUCACAUGGGUUUCCGAGAAGAUCAUCUGGGAGGAAGAUUUUGAAGGCGAGAUCGACACGACACGAGUUAUUCAGUCUAAAAGAGCCUGUGCUGAGGAAUAUGCUGUGCUGGUGAUGGAAAUGUGUGCUUCUAUUGGCAUACACUGCGAGAUCGUGCGAGGUUAUCUCAAGACUCCAGGCGAGGUCUCGGAAAUCAACAUUAUGCCCCGCCCCAACCACUGGUGGAAUACUGUAUUAAUCGACAACGAAUGGCGCAUGAUCGAUUGCUGCCUUGCCAGCCCCUCGUACCCUCGACGGGGCCUAUAUUCGAACGCAAAUAAUGCCGCCGAUACCUGGUGGUUCUUGACGCGGCCAGUGGAAAUUUGUUGGACACAUAUUCCCGAACACCAUAGUCAACAGCACAUCGUCCCUCCCGUGGCACACGAAACUCUUUUAAAUCUGCCUUGCGCUUGUGCGCCCUUCUUCCGCAAUGGAUUUGAGAUGGUGGACUACAACACUGCUUCGACCAGGAUAGAGGACUUGGAGAUGGUUCAUAUCAAAUUCAGUGUCCCAUCCGACGUGGAGAUCGCCGCAGAAGUCGAAGUUCGAGGCUACUCGCGAGACUCGGAUGGGGAUGUGUUUGAAAGUGGCGAAAUAGUCAAGAAGAGAGCACUCGCUCAAGCAGAAUGGUUCAACGGCAUCAAGCGGUACACCGUCAAGGCACUGUUACCUGGCGAUGAAGGGCAGGGCACCUUGAAGAUUUACGCAGGCAAGCGAGGACUUAUGCACAGCAUCAAGGAUAUUCCACAUCCUCUUGCUUUUGCGCUGCCCAUUGUCCACACUGGUGAAAACCCGCCUUACGAGUUCGUCACGAGGCAUCCCACUCCUCACGCACAGCGGCACGAUAUCUACGUGGUUCAGCCGCAAUGCCAGCGAUUAGCUCUCAACAACACAUUUGUCUUCGCCAUCAGACAACAUCCCAGUUCGCUAACAGGCGCGUCAGCCCUGACACCAUCAUCCAAUCCAGGGGCUACAAGUCCCAUACCAUUUGUCCGUCCUAGUUCAGCGCUGAGUAUGGGUGCGUCAAGUGUUAGUGGCUCGACUCCAAGCUCAGCUACGGGCACUGUUGCUGGGAAGAAGCCUGCCAAGCUGGCCAUUCAAACGCCUGGAGGCAAGAUCCUCCGUCUUAUGAGGAAGGAGGACCGUAAGGGCAUUCAUGUUGGUGGCAGAAGUCUCUCGGGCAGUGAUACCGCUAGUGACGGUGGAACAUGGGAGACAAUCAUCAAAUGUUCAGAGAAAGGUGUAUGGAGAGGCCUUGUGCUAGCAGAUCGCACAGCGCGGUGGUGUGUCUUUGCCGAAUGGGUUUGUAUGGGAUAA